UCCAGCUGGAGCCACAGGUUUAUCUGGAGGCCAGGAGUCCCUGCUCUGUAAGCUGAGAGCCCCGAGGAGGAGGAGGGAUCUGCUGGACCCCGGAGGAGAAAGGGUUUGGCAGCCUGGAGGAAAGGGAGAGAGGCAGAGCCUGGGCACCAUGGCUGGAAUCUCUGCUCUUGGGCUCCUGUCCCUGUGUCAGCUCUUGGCCACAGCAUCAGCUCAGUCCCUUCCAAGAAUUGGACCCCAAGGCCCUCCUGGACCAGCAGGACCCCCUGGACCAUCUGGCAAGGACGGCAUCGAUGGAGAGCCAGGCCCUCCUGGUUUGCCAGGCCCACCAGGGCCAAAAGGGGCACCAGGGAAGCCUGGAGCUGCAGGUGAAGCUGGAUUGCCUGGCCUUCCUGGAGUGGAUGGUUUAACAGGAACUGAUGGCCCACCUGGCCCAAAUGGGCCUCCAGGAGACCGUGGUGCACUGGGACCUGCUGGGCCACCUGGACCAGCUGGCAAAGGACUACCAGGACCUCCAGGGCCUCCAGGACCCAGUGGGCUCCCAGGGGGACACGGAUUUCGGGGCCCUUCUGGACCUUUUGGUCUGCCAGGAUUCCCAGGGCCUCCUGGACCACCUGGGCCUCCUGGUCUUCCAGGUGCCCUUCCUGAUGGCGGCGGGGACCUUCAGUGCCCAGCUCUGUGCCCACCAGGUCCCCCAGGCCCCCCAGGAAUGCCAGGCUUCAAGGGACACACUGGUCACAAAGGGGAGCCUGGUGAAGUAGGAAAACAAGGAGAAAAGGGUAACCCUGGCCCUCCCGGCCCUCCAGGGAUUCCCGGGGCCCAAGAGGACUGAGAGGCCUCCCUGGCCCAAUGGGUCCAGCUGGCGACAGAGGUGACAUUGGAUUCAGGGGCCCACCUGGCAUCCCAGGACCUCCAGGCAGAGCUGGAGACCAAGGGAGCAAAGGACCUCAGGGGUUCCGGGGGCCCAAAGGUGACACUGGUAAACCUGGACCAAAAGGAAACCCAGGGGCUCGUGGGCUCAUAGGAGAACCUGGGAUGCCUGGCAAGGACGGGCGGGAUGGAGCUCCUGGACUCGAUGGUGAGAAGGGUGACGCAGCUCCCGUGGGUGCUCCUGGAGAGAAGGGGCCAAAUGGACUUCCCGGUCUGCCUGGAAGAGCAGGUAUUAAAGGCUCAAAGGGUGAACCAGGCAGCCCUGGCGAGAUGGGAGAGGCAGGUCCCUCUGGAGAGCCAGGCAUCCCUGGCGAUGUUGGCAUCCCUGGUGAGAGAGGUCUGCCAGGACCCAGAGGAGCAACUGGACCACUUGGCCUCCAAGGCCCCAUAGGAGCCCGAGGUGUCCGAGGCUUCCAGGGCCCCAAAGGUGCCAGCGGUGAGCCCGGCCUGCCAGGCCCGACUGGGAUCCGUGGAGAGACAGGAGACAGGGGUCCUCUUGGUGCUCCUGGUCCCAAGGGGAACCAGGGCAUUGCUGGAGCUGAUGGCCUCCCAGGUGACAAAGGAGAGCUGGGCCCCUUUGGACCUCCUGGCCAAAAAGGAGAGCCAGGAAAAAGAGGAGAACUUGGUCCAAAAGGUGUCCAGGGACCAAAUGGGACAGCUGGAGCACCAGGGAUCCCAGGACAUCCAGGACCCAUGGGUCACCAGGGGGAGAGGGGUGUCCCUGGCAUCACAGGCAAACCUGGACCCCCUGGCAAAGAGGCCAGUGAACAACAUAUCAGAGAACUCUGUGGGGAAAUGAUAAAUGAGCAAAUUGCACUGCUGGCUGCUAACCUGAGGAAGCCCCUGGCUCCUGGCAUGACGGGACGGCCGGGCCCAGCCGGGCCCCCGGGCCCCCCCGGCAGCACGGGCAGCGUGGGGCACCCUGGGCCUCGCGGGCCCCCGGGCUACAGAGGGCCAACAGGAGAGCUUGGUGACCCCGGACCCAGAGGUGACCCUGGUGAAAAGGGAGACAAAGGGCCUGUGGGCCAAGGGAUCGAUGGGCCUGAUGGUGACCAAGGGCUGCAGGGACCACCUGGUGUGCCUGGAAUUACUAAAAACGGCCGUGAUGGUGCUCAGGGUGAACCCGGGCUGCCAGGGGAUCCUGGGACUCCUGGCACUGUUGGGGCUCAGGGAACUCCAGGAAUUUGUGACACGUCGGCUUGCAUGGGAGCUGUUGCAGCAUCAACUUCCAAAAAAUCAUAAACCAACAGUACAAGAAGUGAAGAAGUGACUGAAUAUUUAAAUAAACAGUGCAUUGUAAGAAA